AUGGCAAUUGGACAGACUAUGCCGAAGGGGUCUCUCGCCACCAGCUUGAGCUUCCCAAGCAGCGGCAGCACAAGGAUUCUGGGGAGGAAGAGGGUCGCUGUUUCUCCGGCCCCGAGCUCCUCAGGCCCGCACUCCCCGGUGCGGACUCUGCGCAAGCAGCGCAGCAUUAGGUUCCACAUGGACGACACCAUCUGCCUUCUUGAAUCGCUGCCUCAAGAUGUCUUGGUCAAAGUCCUGUGCAAGGUGAACCACAGCGACCUGAGGCAGCUCCUCCUGGUGUCGAAGCCAGUCAGCGAAGCAACAGUGGUUGCUAAGGAGCUGCAUUUCGCCUUCGCGACGCCGUCGAAGGCCUCCGCGGAUGGGGAGGAAGAAGACGAUGGCCCCGGGGCGCCCAAGCAACACAGGGUUGCACGGUCGCGCUGCCGGGGCAUGAAUUUGGCCGGCGUCGCCGUCAAUCUGUCGGAGUCGUUCAGCAGCUUGAUGUCAGAGGUGUAG